AUGAAUUUGAUUUCGUGUUGUUUACAGCUGGAGAAUUCCAGCGUUAGUUACCGACCCGGUGAAGUGAUAAAAGGCUUGGCAGUUUUCAAUGUGAACGGUAGCAGUGCAAUUCUAAUCAAAGCCUUAUCAAUACAAUUUUCCGGCUAUGCCAGUUGUAAAUGGGAAAAAGAACAAGCCAAAAACAAAAAGAACGCAAAGCCCAAACCCAAAGAAUACUAUGUCAAUCGUGAGGAUUAUGUUUUCACCAAAAACUAUUUGCUAGGCUCAGAAGAGGCUAAUCCCACUGCCAUAACUCCUGGAAUUUAUAAUUACAACUUUAUGGUUCAAAUACCCAUAAAUGCGCCAUCUUCAUUCAAUGGUGCCUGGGGUUCAAUUGUCUAUGAACUUCAAGCCCAUGCCGAUUACAUUACCAAUUUGGAUUGUUUGUGUUGCUCCGUGAUUACAGUAGAACAACUGAAAGAUCUCAGAUGUUGGGCGCCAGCAAUGCAAAAUCCAAAUGAAAAAUCACAACGUGAACCAAAAUCGUUUUUAAAAUUUUGGCGUAAUCCGCUUCAAGUCUAUGCCAAUAUACCGCAAAGUGGUUACGUGCCAGGCGAAUGUAUUAGUGUACACAUUAAAGUUGCCAACCAUGGCCAUUUGAAAUUAAAGGACAUCACCAGUAAACUGAAUCGUAUUGUCACCUACAAGGGUAGCUGGAAAGAGAAGAAGUCACAAGAGACUCGGGAAGUCACCGCCAUUGCCUGCAACGUUUACAGUAUGUUUGGACAAAAUUCCAGUGAUAUACAACACAUACAACAAUUGGUGGUACCGAAAACUGUUCCUACUCUUGAAUUCAGUGAAUGCAAUUGUAUAAGUGUCACCUAUGAGGUGGAAGUGAGUGUUAGUGCCCAGCGCAAGUUACGAUCGGUUUGUGCAAUUCUGCCAAUUGUUGUGGGUUCAGUUUCGUUGAGGAGUGAUGUGAAACUUGUAGAGGAAAAUGUCUCAAGUAAUCAUGUAUCCACAAUAACGGUGGCCAGAUCUAUGGAUGAAUUAAAUUUACCCUCUAGCUGGGAUAUGCGUGAACAAAAUCAGAAUAUUCAAGCAAUGGAUGAAAUUAGUGUUUCCAUGAUGUCAUUAGCAUCAUCUUUUCGAGAAGCUGAAUAUAUGACUGCUGUAAAAAUAAACAAAAAAUCAAAGAACAACCUAAAUGGCGAAGUUACAGAUUUUAAGCCAAAAUAUCUAUAUUUUGACCUUCCAGAGGAAAUGCAACCCCAUUUAGAAGAUGAUAUGCCAACAACUAGUCAAUCCCAGUCGAGACCAAUAAUAGUAGCAAAAUCUACAGAUGCAAAAUUUUAG